AUGCUGCCGCUUUCAAUACACAUCCUCUUAUGUUCUAUAUCACUUCUAAACGCCCUUCAUCCAAUCUACGAAAAAUCAAGCGAAGCGGAGAUUCCAAAGCCAUAUGCCAAUGGCUCGCUCAACGUAAAUGUCGGGUUUUAUGUGGAAAGCCUUGGGAAUUUUCGGAGUACAGAAAUGACAUUCGAUAUGGAUCUAUACAUGUACAUGUCUUGGCACGAUCCGUCGUUGGCACACAAUGAGACGGGAUAUGUGCUGAUAAAUGACGACAGCGUCCUAAAAAGCAUCUGGCUGCCGGAUCUCUAUUUUGCUAACGCAAGAACUGCCUACUUCCAUGAGGUCAUGGUGCAUAAUUUUAACAUGUUUGUUGGUCCAACCGGAACGAUUGCUUAUGGCACGAGAGUAACUCUAAAUGUCGCCUGCAAUUUGCACCUAAAAGACUAUCCUCUGGACUCUCAGCAGUGCUUGAUAAAGAUCAUUUCUUACGCGCACGUCGUCGAAGAAAUGAACGUCACCUGGUUCGACGACAUGCCGAUUCGGAUGAAUAAAGAAAUCGGACUCCCCGAAUUCCACAUCACCGGCCACGACGGGAUGUACUGUAAUGGGGAAUUUAUGUACACCAUUACGCACAAUUCUAGCAGGAGAGGAAACUUCUCCUGCCUCGUCGGGGUGAUGAACUUGGAAAGGGCAAUCGGGUACCAUUUGGUUCAGUCAUAUCUUCCUACCUCCCUCAUCGUAGCGAUUUCAUGGGUUUCGUUUUGGAUCGAUAGGAGAGCUGUCCCAGCAAGAGUUUCCUUAUCGUUCACAACUUUGCUCACACUAUCGACUCAAGGAAAUGGUAUUAGAUACGGACUGCCACCUGUGGCCUACGCGAAAGCCAUCGACUACUUCUACGGGAUGUGCAUGAUGUUCAUCUUCGGCGUACUGCUAGAAUUCGCCGUCGUCAAUUCCUAUAUGCGAAAAGCGCACAAAUUCGGAGUGCUCGCUGAGAGGUCGCAGAGCUCGAGCGAGAAUGGGAGGAGCGCGAUUUAUGCUACCAACAGCGACGGUGAAGCCGAUUACGAUACUGAUAACCCUGCAACGCGAAUUCACGUGAAACAAGCUGGGCAUUACGCAAUGUUGAUUUGCCAGUCGCUCAAGUACUCCCGAAAAGCUCACACCGUUGAUCAGGUGUCCAGAUUUGCGUUUCCAGCGUCUUUCCUGAUUUUCAACAUUGCGUACUGGACGUACUACCUAAACGAAGAACGCCAGAACAUGAAUGGAGAGAUUUUGACG